CCCCCAAUUGGUGGAAGAAGUCUUAAAUUUUAAAAAAAAAUAGAGUGUUAUCAACACAAUGGAAGAUUUGAUUGUUUUCCUCAUAAUUAAGAUGUGGAUUAAAGUGAGCUACUUUAUUAUAACGCAGGUACAUUUUUAUAAAGUACAUUUCUUACAAUGAUAAAAAACAAUCAAUAUUGAUAUGAUAUUCACUCAUUUUUAGCUCUGAGUUUGGUCUCCACCGACUCCUGACAUCCACCUCUAAAUGUCACACCGCUUUCUUCGCCUCUGGAUUUUAUUUUAUUUUAUUAUUAUUUUUAUCCAGCUUCCUGUUGGCCGGAACACCACCCAUGAGAGCGGUGAGAGUGAACCAAGACAGCCAGGGGUUUGUGGGCGUGUCAGCUGCUGUGGUCUUAAUUAAACACCAAUGAUGGGCACACUUCCGGUAGAAGGAGACAAAAACAGAGAGGGACGCGACGUCUGAGAAGAGGACGUUCCCGUCGACGAGGUGCGGGGCUUCAUUGUUUCAGGAAAAAAGGGUGAACAGCUUAUCGAUAACGCAGACGAAGCGCGAGGACACCUGCACGCACACGCACGGUGACACACGCACGGUGAGACAUGGUGAAGAUCAGCUUCCAGUCUGUCGCGGGACAGAAAGUGGAGAAGGAGAAUGAUGGCGACAAGACCGAGAUCCUCAUCCCUCAUCCGAUGGAUGAGGAGGAUGAGCUGGUCCUGCCGCUGCGCUCCAAAAAGUCUCCCCUCAAUGGCCUGUGCUGCCUGACCUUUGGCCUGGUGGUGUUCAUGGCCGGUCUGGUCCUCGCCUCCAUUUACGUCUACCGCUACUACUUCAUACCUCACAUCCCCGAGGAGAACCUGUUCCACUGCAGGGUUCUCUACGAGGACUCCGCCUACGCUCCGCUGCGCGGGCGUCAGGAGCUGGAGGAGAACGUCGGCAUCUACCUGGGCGACAACUACGAGAAGAUCACGGUGCCCGUGCCUCACUUUGGAGGCAGCGACCCCGCCGAUAUAAUCCAUGACUUCCACAGAGGACUUACAGCCUACCAUGACAUUGCUCUGAACAAGUGCUACGUCAUCGAGCUCAACACCACCAUCGUGAUGCCUCCGCGCAACCUGUUGGAGCUCCUCAUCAACGUGAAGAAGGGAACCUACCUGCCUCAGACCUACAUCAUCCACGAGGAGAUGGUGGUGACCGGCCGGGUGCACAACAUGCGUCAGCUGGGGCCGUUCAUCUAUCGCCUGUGCAACGGGAAGGACACGUACCGCCUGAACCGCCGCCUCACCCGCAGACGUAUCAACAAGCGCGAGGCGAAGGACUGCCACCGCAUCCGUCACUUCGAGAACACGUUCGUGGUGGAGACCGUUAUCUGCGAUGAAGCGUGAACCCCCCCACCCCCCACCCCCCCGGCCACUGUAGCAUCCUCCCCCGUUGGUCUGAGUUACACUUAACUUGUGAUUUUUUUGGGGGGGGGGGGUUUUGAUGCUGUAAAUGUUUAUUUUAUUUUAUUUUUUCUUCUUUCUAACCCCCCCUAUCCCUAUUGGUUACAUUUACCCUGAAGUGUGACGCAAUACUAAAUAAACACUCUUUCCAUGUAGCAAACUCCUCUAGCCAAUACUAGUCCUCUUCCUCUGGAGGAUCUGCAUGACGGUUAUCGUCGUCGGGGGAGACGACUGUCUCCGCACGUCGUCAUGGAGACUUGUUUUUGUUUUCUUUGCUGCUCUGAGCAAAACAUCUCAAUAAUUCCUCCGACUCGUCGCUUGCUUUGCGUCUCUUGCCUGUCUGCUGCUUCCUUGCUCCCAUUUUUUUUUUUCUGCUCUUCAUUUCCUAGAAGGUUGCAUGAGGCAUUAGGUCUGCGUUCACCACUUUGUUGUUGUUGUUGUUAAGUAUUUUAUCGUAAAUUAAAAAGGACGAAGGCCCAUCUUUUAUUUUUCAUCAGCUUUUCUCUUCUUUUUUUAAAUUGUACUUUCUAAAUAAUGUCUGUGCAUGUGUUUUAUCUAUAAGAGGAAAAAGCAUCUCUGUUAAGGAGUGUUUUUGUAACCCGACGUUUAAAGCCUUAGUCCGGAGUCAGAGACUGGACUAAAGUCAUGACUACUGAAAGGGAACAUAUUAUAUUAUAUUAUCUGCUAUGUUACAUCAAACUUUGAUCUGUAUAUUUUUGUCUGUCCAAUUUUAAAUCAUGAACAAACCCGUCUGUGAAUAAAGUAGUGACAUUAACCCGGCGCCUGUUGAUGCUUCGCUC